AUGAAACCACCUAUUAGAUUUUUAGGGGAUUGCAAUCAAACAAGGGCGAAGCUAGAGCUAAGCAAAUGGUUUGAUCCCGCGGCUUCAAUAUGUCGUCAGUAUAGUUAUAAAUUCCCGAGAUCUUAUAAAGAGGAUAAUUCCACGGUAUUGAGAAUCCUUUUUGAUGACAAUUUCCGCAAUCAAUCGGCUAAAAAAUUGUCUGGUGCAGUGAAGAUCCCAACCGAUGUUUACGAUGACGAUCCCAAGGUUGAUGAUGAUCCAAAGUAUUGGCAAGCAAAAUUCGACCCUUUUCACAAGUACCUUAAUGAGACAUUCCCCCUUGUUUUCAACAACAGCAAACAUUUUCAAGUAGAGAUUGUAAAUUCACACGGAAUUGUUAUUACUUGGCCAGGAACAAAUUCCACCUUGAAGCCGGUGUUAUUAACAGCUCAUCAAGACGUUGUUCCCAUUCAGUUAUCCACUUUGCCCAAAUGGACAUACCCUCCAUACGAAGGUAUUUAUGAUGGUGAUAGAUUAUGGGGAAGAGGUUCAUCAGAUUGUAAAAAUUUACUUAUUGGACUAUUGGAGAGCUUAGAGCAAUUGCACAAGGCAAAGUUUACCCCCAAAAGAACAAUAAUUUUGGGAUUUGGAUUUGAUGAGGAAAUUGGAGGCGAAAGAGGUGCACAAUCAAUUGCCGACAAUCUUUUGUCAACUUAUGGAAAAGAUUCAUUUUAUGCAGUUAUCGAUGAAGGAGGUCAGAGCAUUGCCUUUGAAAAUGAUGUUCUAUUAGCGUUACCAGGCACAGGAGAAAAGGGCUCUACAGAUAUAAUUAUUGGUCUAAACACCCCUGGUGGGCAUUCAUCGGUUCCUCCAAGUCACACAUCAAUUGGAAUAGUGUCACAAUUGGUUGAAGCUUUGGAAAACGAUUUUUUCCAGCCGAUUUAUACUCCCAACAACCCAACGUUCCAUGAAUAUCAGUGUAUUGCAACUUAUUCUCCAUCUAUGUCGUCACAUACAAAGUGGAGCUUAUUAAACGCAGGUGACAAUUUCAGGGCAAAUCAAGAAGCAAAGAAUUGGUUAUUUAACAAGUCCUUACUUAGUAGGUACUUGAUUUCUUCGUCUCAAGCUGUGGACAUUAUUCAUGGAGGAGUCAAGUCGAAUGCGUUACCGGAAUAUGUUGAAAUUGUUGUAAAUCAUAGGAUUGCCGUUGAAUCAUCCGUCAACGAGAUUUACGAUCACGAUUUAUUCCAUGUCCAGCAAAUAGCUGAAAAAUUUGAUUUGGGUUUGGUUUCCGAAAACAAGACAUUGCGUGAGGAAACGCCCAAUGGGAAAUUGGUGAUUUAUAAAGCUUCUCAACUAGAGCCAGCGCCAAUUACUCCAACUGUGGGUCCCGUAUGGGAGUUGUUUUCUGGAAACAUUAGACAUGUUUACGAACAAUUGGCAUUUUCCGACCCCAACUCAGAAUAUCACGGUAUGCAAGUUAUCGUUGCCCCUGGAAUAGCCACAGGCAAUACUGAUACCAAGUAUUAUUGGAACUUGACUAAAAAUAUAUUCAGGUAUAGGCCAGGACUUUUCACAACAGUUGAGUCUCACGCUCAUGGAGUUGAUGAAAAUAUCAAGUUUGACUCUCAUUUGCAAAUCAUUGCCUUCUAUUAUGAAUAUUUGCAAUUGAUAAAUGAGGAAGAAAAUUUAGACUAA